UUAAUGAAUGAAAGUAUGUCUUCUCAGAUGAGGCAGCGAGUCUUCACUGGGGUUGUGACGCAGCUGCAGGACCGCCAUGGGACCGUCGACCGCGACGUACGCUUUGCGAUGAGUGCUGUAGUAGGAAGAGCGCCCUUGGUCGGCGAGAAAGUGCUGGUGAAGGCGGUGCAGGAUCCUUCGCAGUCUGUCAAGUGGACAGCACAAAGAGUGCAGGUGCUCAAUGGCCAGCCUUUUAAGUCUCCUCCGCCACUGCUGCACUCCACGACACCAAACCUGGCGCCGGGCAUUUUGGGAAACAAGCGUCAACCACUGCUGAAGUCACCUAAAAUACCACCGCUGAUUCCUGGCAUGCAGCCGAAUCCAGGGGGCAUGCUCCAGAUACCCCACCAUCAGAAGCUGCCAUGGGCUGCCCCCUGGGGUGGGGGAAGCAGGAAGAGGCACAAUGAGGUUGUGGCUGGUCGGAGAGGCCGACACUGGGAGGAAGCCGGUGGCUCUUGGGGAGGGGACAAUGCGCACCAGAAGAGACGGCGAUGGAAAGCCCCGUCUGAGGAGGAAACCUCCAAAAAGAGCACCUCUCAAACCAGCACGAGCUCUCCUCUCUUCUCCUUUUUCCCACGAGACAGUCAGGCCUGUGAUAAUCUGGAGCUGCAGCGGCGCUACCCACACCUCCACGUACCUCUGUCUCUUUUUCAUGUGCAGCUUUGCUGGCCUGAGAGCUUCCCACCUAGCCAGCCACUUCCUCUCGCAGGGCCAUGUCACUUCCACGUAGGCCCACAACAACCUAAGAUAGAAGCGGCUCCAUCUCCAGACUCCACAGAGAACUCCAGCUUCUCUGUUAAGGUGCUGUUACUGUCCAUGCCUGGCAUUGAGGACUUCUAUGCUCAGUGUUGUAACUAUGCAGAGAACAGGAACGGACGUGGAGAUGUGAUCCAUCCUACAACACUGUUCAAGUUUCUAUUACUGGACAAAGCAGGAGAGCUGCAGCUCCCUGGAGGUUCAUGGUCCAAAGAGGAUGGGUCCAAUCCAUCCAAAGACAGCACCACCAUCAUACGCACUGCAGUACGCUACGUGACUGAGCAGACGGCUCUGGACCUUUCAGCAUGUACACAAUGGCGUAAAAUGACCGAGCUGAGAUUACUUUCCGGGGAUAAAAUGGAAACGGUCGUCAUCUUGAUGCCAGAUGUGUGGAAUCUAGUGCCGACAGCAGAAGAAUGGGUCAAGUUACAGGAAGAGCAAGGGCAGGAGUCUCCUCUCCCUGAUGUGCCCUCGCUGGUAGUCCAACCCACUGCAGGGUUCACACUGUCUGCAGUUUCUCUAUCAGCUUUAUUAGAGCCACGGAUGUCACAGAGCAGAGACGCGUUUGAGGUGGGUUUGGUGAGCGAGCUCUUCAGCGAGAUGCUCCAGAGGGAUUUUGGUCUGCAGCUGUACCACUCCCUCUCCAGCCUGCCUCAGACUCCGACUGCGACUCUUCCUGACUCUGAAAUCCAGGCGGCAGACAGCAGCGCUUCUCUGGAUGAUGAGGCAAAAAGGAUGAGUAAGGACAUGAGAAAGAAAGGAGCAAGUGAUGCCAAGAAAACAACAAAAAAAGAAGGGGAGGAAGAGGAAGAGACCAAAAUGGAGGAUGACCAGGAACCGAGUGAACACCAGGCAGAGAAUCAGGAAGAGGCUGAUAGCCACACAGAGGUUGAAGAAGCAGUGGCUGUUGAUGACAGUCAGUCACUCAAAGAUAUAGAGCUUCCCCGUAGGGUCCUUUUGUCCUGGGUGUUUUUCGACAGGCAGCUCUCUGGCUCCCUGAGAGAAGAGGAUGUUCAGAACAUCCUGCUCUCCCUCGGGCUCUACCUCACUACUGCUCAGGCACAGGAUCUGGCUGGAAAGAUGUCCAUGGACGGGAAGUGCAUGUACCGUAAGCUGUGCUCUCGCUGGACCGACGCAGACGAGGUGGCUUGUGACCUCAGUGCCGAGGGAAAUAAAUCCCUGUUGCCGGGUGUGCCUCGUAAGGAGAAGGGCUCUUCCCGCCGCUCAUCCAGCAACGCUAACCCAGAUGUGGUAAACUACAAAGGCACCGUUCUGAACAUCCCCAACCUGCUGCAGCGUCUCGAGAGCAGCAGAGCAGCACAGCACGAGAUGGAGAAACGGCUCGCUGACCUGCAGGCAACGCUCGGUACGGCAAGGAAACGAGAGGCAGCCAAGGCGAAGCCGGUCUCCGAUGAACAGGAGCAGAUGAAGAGCAGGUUAGAGAAAGUCGAAGCACUCAACAAAACCUAUGAGAAGAAUCUAAAAGAGAACGCCGGCCACAUGCUCACCGUCAUCGAGAAGAUGCAGAAAAUGGUGGAUCAGACGACAAGCCUUACAAGGACAAAGGACGUGAAAGGAGACUAAGAGGUCAGCAUGGAUCUGGAGUGUAUCCUGGGAAUGCUGGAUGUGAGGCAGGAAUAUCAUGGGUGGGACACCAGUGAAUUGCAGGACACCAUGCACACACAUUCUGCUGUAUGUUUUUGGGAGGUUGGAGGAAACCGGGCAGCCACAGGGAGAACAGGCAGUAACCAGAGCUCAGGAUUGAACAGGGAUCCUAGAACAGGGAUCCUAGAACAGGGAUCCUAGAGCAGUGACGUGGCAACACUACCCAAGGUGCCACUGUGCUACCCUAAUGUAUUUAUUCAUUUAUGUAUUCUUCAUUUAUAUUAUAUUUUCAUUUACAGCCCCCCCCCCCCCAUUCUAGUUCAUUUGUUUGUGCUGUACACAUUUGAGUUUGAGAUCAAAAGAUGGAUAUGAGACAAGAGUUUAGGAUUUCCUACAAAUUUGGUGGUCUGAUAUGUCAUUAACACAUCUACAUAUAAAUACCAGAAAAUAAAAGCUGAUAUUCUAAACUCUCUUCUCAUAUUCAUCUUUUGAUCUCAAACCCAAAUGUCUUCAGCAAAAACAAAACAACAAAAACAACCGAGUGUGCAGCUCUCCAGUGGGCCGUUGUGGUACUCCGCAGUGGGGUGCUCGCUGAGGAUCUGAUUCUGUAGACAAUAAUAAAUGCGUUUACUUUUUAAACACUGAAAUUUGCGACAGGCCACUUUAUAUCAUUUAGUAAAUCUCCAUAUUUUUUGUAUAAGACUCAGAAGGGUUAACAUUAAUGUUAUCAGUAAUCAGUAUUUACUCUUAAUCUGUCAGUAGGUUUCUGUAAGAUGGAAAAAAGACCCAGUAUUUAUUGCUUAUUUAAUAUUGAAAUACUCCCAAACAGUAGUUCAGUAUUACUUACAGAGUAAUUAAUCGAUUUUAGUUGGAAGUUAAUAGGAAAAACUUAAUAGUAAAAAAUCAAAAACCCACAUUU